AUGCAGCGUUGAAAGGAAUUAAUAAAUGAAUCUGAGGUAACACUGCGUUGGUAUCUUCGUCAGUCUCUUACCAUUCUUAGAACAGUGCGGGAUGUAUGAAUGACUAGUGAAUUAAAUCAUUGGACAAAACGAUGUGAAAUACAGUGUGAAUCAACUCGAAAAAUUUUUGAAGUGUAUGCGAAGAAUGUCAUCUUGUGGUGUUUUGAAUUUGAACCUGUGAGCCUGCUUUCUACAUCGGAAGAUUUCAUGGUACAAUAUUUUGGCGGACAUCUGCGAUCUCCUUUCGGCCUGGUCAGUAGCGAUGAAGAAGCUGUACGAAAAAAUCAACAACAAGCUAACGUCACGUCAGAGGAACUCCAACGAACCCAAAAAAUCUGGCUUCUACGACGUCCAGGAGGCUGAGAAGGAAUACGAAAUAAAGGGUGGUAUCCCCAAUGGGAUUUUUAUGAGCGACAGUUACAGCGAGGACGAAUCUAAGUUUGAGGAUGCCAGGACGUCGUUUAUGGGCAGUUUUGACGAUGAUGAGGAUUGUGGUGUCUAUGCGGAUAUAGAUGUUACGAUGAAAGAAGAGGAAACGUUUGAAUCGGAAACGUCUGAAUAUGAUGUGCCUCGGAUAAGCUUCAAGUUUUUCGAAAAACAUGUGCGAGAUCAGAAGUUCACGGAUAACACUUAUGAGAACGUUACAGGAGCUGAUAGUGGGCCUCCUAGACAUUCGUCGACUCCCAUUCCAGUUAUUUCAGUUACUUCCGCCGAUAACUCCACAACUGAACCUUCGAUUACCAAGCCAUCCACACCAGUUCCACGUAUCCGAAGUGAGGUUAAAAUAAUGCUAACAGCAGUAGACAUAGAUAUCGGCGAAGGCCAUGUUGACGAACCGAGCAGGAUAGAAAAACUCGAACAUAGUAAAUCCAGAAGUGUUUCACAAGAAUUCCAAAGCACAACCUUCCUAGAACUCAGCAGACCUCAGUACGUGCCUCAGUUCGUGCUGAAGAAGUGUGAGAGCGUCCCAAACGUCCUGAGGAACCUCACAGAAGACGAUGACGAGCCUGAGAACUUUUACAAGAUUCCCAGGUGUCUGAAAAGAAAUAGACUGUCGCAAUCUCUCAAAGAUUUCGAAGCUGAUGAUAACGAAAUGGUGACUCGAUUUUCGGCUAGUUCUAGUAUCGAUCAGUUUCCAGUGAUCGAUGCUACAGUGAAACCAGACAGUACCAAGUGCGCAUCUGAACCAAUUAACACUAAUUCAAGUGAAGACACCAUACAAAAAAGAAAAAACAACUUCAGGAGUUUCCUAAGCAAACCGCGUGAUAGACUUCAAGGUUGGAAAACCAAAUUUACUAACAUAAUGAACGACCAAGCAGCCCUUCAGAGGGUUGGAGCCUUCGAUGACAAACCAAAAAUAACCAUAAACGUAGAAGAAGUGUUAAAAAGUUCCAAAACGAAGUGCAAAGACAUGAUCAAGAGCACAGGUAAAUUUUUCCAUAAAAAGAAAAGUGCCGCGAACGGAACCAUUAGGGACUCCGUUGACGAUGUUUCGAGGGGUUCGAGGAUGGAAUUGACAGCUAGUGAUAUCGAGUAUAGGAUGACCGCGAGUGAUCGUAGUGAUAUUCAUUGUAGUGAUAAGGAGAACAAUGAACCGAACAGUUCAGCAGAAGGUGUGGGUGAUAUUGGGUUGAUGAAAUCGAAACAUGGGAAAAUAAUUCCUCCAAGUACAGCGAAGGGCCAGAAUGGGUUCGAGGAUUUACGGAGAUAUGUCAAACAUGGAAGCGAUUUCUGUAAGGAAUUGGCAACAAUACUUCAAGACAGGGCCGAAGCAGAGACGGCGUACGCCAAGAGUCUCUCAAAGCUCAGUGUGAAGCUCACCAGGGUGUGCAGAGAUGGCGUGGGGACCCUGAACGAGGGCUGGAAGGCCGUCGCCUACGAGCUGGAGGCGCGAGCAGAGAGUCACCGCAUCCUGGGGGCCGCCCUUCUGGAAGAGUCCGCGAAACCUCUGAAGUCGAUGUCGGAGGGCCAGCAGAAAUCCAGGAAACAGGCGGAGAGCGCAGUGGACAGGGCUGCGAAAUCUCUGAGCGAUUUGAGACAGGGCGAGGCCAAGUACAAGAAGAACAGCCAUAUCUGCGCGAGGGAGAACGAGAAACUGCAGGACGCUGCUCUAAUAGACAAUUCAAGGUUAUCAAGAAGUACAAGUUUAAUUCAUCUAGGCAAUAUUCCAAAAAUUCCAUCAGAAAGAGAUAAUGCAAAGUUGGAAGGCAAGAGAAGGAAAGCUGAAGAAAAUACUAAGAAAGCUGAUAUUGAAUAUUACGAAACAUGUGUGAAAGCAGAGAGAUCAAGACUUGAAUGGGAAUCGGCAGUUCUUCGAGGUGUUGACACAUUUCAAACAUUGGAAGAAGAAAGGCUCAAUUGUUUGAAGAAUGCUUUGGAAUCUUACAUAAAUCAUAGUGCCGAACUUACACCUAGACUAAAUGAAGUUACCGAGAGACUAAGAAUGCCAGUUGCACAAAGUGAACCAACCAAAGAUUUAACCACAUUUUUAAAUUUGAGGCAAACCUCGCAACAAGUUUCUGAACAACUUCUGCCCGAUUUUUACUGCGAGCAUCUCACGUUAGCCAUGAACCUAGAGAGGCGAAAAAAGGCCCUCUUCCAGCUACUGAACUUCAUAAGGAAAGACAUCGAAUGUGAAAGAAAACAGAAAACCGGUGUAGAAAACAUGUCAAAGGCGAUUAAACAAAAUCCGACAUUCGGAGCAAAAGAUUCUCAAAAUACGUUCAACGAAAAGCUUUAUCAUUUUAAGUCUAUGUUAAUAUACUUUGAGGCGGCAAGGUAUAAGGUUCAGACUGUAUUGGCUGAUCUAGAUGAAAAUCCAAGGACUGGACAUCCCUUGGCUGCUCAUAUUACUGUUACUAGAGAUAAAUCAGGCUUGCAACAAAGUGUGCUAAAGGUACCACAAUGGUUUCGAGAAGGAUUCAUAGAUUAUAAUAGGAGUCCGGUAAGCGAGAAGUCUGUGAAUUCUGCGAAGUCAGAUUCCCAAAUCCACGAGAUUGAAGAUCGAUCAGACUGCUCUGACAGGGGAGCAGCAGAUGGGAACUCAAACCAACAUGAUUCUGACUUUGAUGAAUUUUCGUCGCAGUGUAGUAGUACAGGUGAUGCUAAAUAUCAAACGGAAGAUAAUAUUGUCCAGCCUGUAGCUCAGUGUAAGGCACUCUAUCAUUAUACCCCAAAUUUUACCGAUGAACUGGAGUUGAAUCCGGGAGAUAUGCUGUCCGUCUAUAGGAAACAAGAGGAUGGUUGGUGGUUAGGAGAGUGCAAAGGAAACGUGGGAAUAUUUCCUGCUACAUACGUGGAAGUGAUACCAACGUAGUUUGAAGACUAAUUAAAUGAAUCUAUUAUUUAAAUACAUAGUAAUAUAUGAAAAAAGAACCAUGAAAAUAUUUUCUAUAAUAAAUAAAUUGUUUAUUAUUAUUA